AUGUUCUACCUGACAUUGGUACUUUUAAGCCUGCUGGUACUGGAAUCAAUCUACUUCGCGGACUGCACUGUCACGGUUCAGUUGGAACGGUUCGAGCAGCAAACUGGAUUCCAUAUGGCAAACUUUUCCGGAAUUCGGGUACGCAAGUUCAAUCGAACCACCUGGGUACUGGAUGGAGCGGGCGAUUUUUUCGUAGACUUAACCGACGAGUAUCAACUAUCGCUGACAGCGGCGCAUAGCCCACUGGGUAAUAAUCAGUGGAACGAGUACCCCAUGAAGAUCUCCAAGGAUAAGGCAUGCAAUAUAUUAAACGGACCGUACAAGGAAUACCAGUCGUACUUCAUUGACAACAGCAAUAUGCCUCGUGUUGAGGAAGAGUGGGUAUGUCCCUUUCCGAAAGGACAUUACUGGGUGCGGAAUUUGGCUCCGGAUGGGUCCUGGAUACCGAGUGUUGUUGCAUCUGGAUAUUGGAGGCUAACGAUUUCGAUAUUUGACGCCAGUGAUGAAAUUGUACUUCGAUUUGUUUCGUUUUUGAGGGUGAAGAAAGACUACAUGUGA